AUGGUCUAUUUAUUCGACAUACCAGCAUUUUUCAUUCUACUUCGUGAAACACUUGAAUGUACAAUCAUUUUAUCGGUGCUUCUCGGAUUCCUCGAUAAGCUGCUACCACCCAAUCCAAGUGACCCGGUGAAUCAGAAUCUACGUCGUAAAUUCAAACGACAAAUAUGGGCAGGAACAAUUGCUGGGUUGAUGGUUUCAAUCAUUAUUGGCGUUGUGUUUAUCGUGGUGUUUUAUACGGUGGCCCAUAAUUUGUGGGAGGAAAGUGAACCUGUUUGGGAGGGUGUUUUUUCAUUACUCGCCUCAAUUGUAAUCACUCUCAUGGCAUUAAGUAUGGUUAGAGUGGCACAAUGGAAAAAGAAAUGGGAGACGAAACUUCGCGAAGCUACUGAGAACCAUCUCGAUAAACACAAGAGUGGCCAAAAAUGGGCGUUGUUCUUAUUACCAUUCACUGUGGUGACUCGUGAAGCUUUGGAAUCAGUGGUUUUCAUUGCUGGUAUCGGAUUCGAACAGCCAGCAACCGGCCUACCAAUCCCAGUAAUCACUGGAAUCCUAACAGGCUUACUCAUAGGUUACAUAAUCUACCUAGGUUCACAUAAAGUAACCCUCACAGUAUUCUUCAACACAAUGACUACGCUCUUAUUCUUUAUCUCCGCCGGACUUUUCUCCACGUCAAUCCACGAAUUUCAAGAGGCCACAGAAACCGAAGAAGUUGUCAUCUGGAAGGUGGAAUGCUGUAAUCCGGAAACUAAUGAAGGAUGGGGGAUUGCUAAAACGAUCUUUGGCUGGAGACAAGAAGCGACAGUUGGAACGACUGUCGGAUAUUUCGUUUAUUGGGGCGUAGUGUUGGCUGUGUUGUUUUAUAUGUUUAUAAGAGCUCGGAAGAGAGAUGCCGGGAACGCUGUUAUUAAUUCUACAUCGAUAAAUAAUGACGAUGAAAAAUCAGCGGAAGUUGUUAAGGAAGAAAAAUCUUAA